GAGUGAUGAAAAGAGAUAGAGAGCUGAGAUGACAGAGGGACAGUAGGAGGAGGGAGCACACGUGAGACAUCGAAUGUAAAAGUCAGGGGAUGCAAGUCGCUGGAGAAACAUAUAGCAAGACGUCGAUGUACUAAGAAUGAGUGAAACACCAAGAGAGUUUGAGACCCAGUCAUCAGUCCAUCCAUUUUCACAGCCAGAACCUGAGAGGCAGCUUCAGCCUCCACCUCUGCUUCAGCUGUCACUCCUCACCCAAAAUCCCUCCGAGAUCCAUCAACCAAUCCAGAUCCAGCCUGAGCUACAGGUGUCACAGCACCAGCACCAAACAAAGCCACUGUGGAUAAACUAUCGAAGGCUGCUCCUCCUCCUUUUGGGGUUCUCCUUAUGUGCUGCCAUUCUGGGACUAAUUUACUACAUGCAUCAAAAUCUUAAAAACAGGAGCCAUAACCAAGGAGGUGCUGUGACUCCAUGUCUCUCCCCAGCCUGUCAGUGGGCCUCAGCCCGUCUGUCCAUGUCCGCUGAUCCCUUUGCGCAGCCCUGUGACUACUUCUUGUUCACAUGUGGAUCUGACAGACUUUCACCAGACAGUGGUGGGCAACAAAGAGGUCAGGGCACCCCUGCACACCCACAGAACCGGAAAGAAAAGACGGUUGUGUGGCCACAGGGGACGGCACAAAGUAAAGAGAGAAAGGACACAAGACUGAGAGAGGAGAAAAUACUGGACAGAAAAACUGGACUCCUGCAGUAUCUCAGGGACAUUCUGGAAACAAACACCAGGAAUGCUAGUACAUCAGUGCAAAAGGCCAAAGGAUUCUUCCAUUCCUGUCUGGACACCAAAGCCAUAGAGACUGCUGGAGCAGAGCCUUUCCUCACACUCAUCCAGAAACUGGGAGGCUGGGCAGUAUCAGGCCAGUGGAAUGGGACCGAUUUCAACUCCACACUGAGCCUACUAAUGAGAGACUACGCUACCUUUCCAUUCUUCAGCCUCCAGGUGGGCACAGACCCAAAUGAAAUUGCCAACGGAACAAGCAAACAUUACAUACAGAUUGAUCAGGCAGAUGUAUUGAUCCCGUUUGAAUGGAACAGCAAGGCACAGAAGUAUCAACCUAACACUGAGACACUACGAUCCUUCUUGGCAUUAUGUGAGAAGUACCUGGCAUUGUUGGGGUCCCCACCCAGCCAAAGCUUGAUCCACAUGGGCACAUUCAUCUCGCUGUCCUCUGAGCUUGCUGUGGCUGCUGCACCUCUGCACUAUCGCUUGUCAAAAGGGCGGCUCUAUCAGCACAUGACCAUCACAGAGCUACAGAGCCAGGCCCCCGCCAUUGAUUGGUUGGGCUGCCUGCGGGCCGCUUUCCAUCCACAGCCCCUCGUUGAAGAGGAUCAUGUCCUUCUGCAAAACUUACCCUACAUAGUGCAAAUGUCCAAUAUCAUUAGCAACUGGCAGAACAAGCAUGAGCUGAGAACUAGCGGCCCUCUUCAUACUUAUAUGGUCUUCCAUCUGCUGCAUACCAUGAUGCCAGCUCUAGACUCCAGAUUUUCUGAAACAGCAAAAAAUUUGUCUGUGACUUUCGGCAACAGUGAAGCGGUAGCUCCUCGCUGGAAACACUGCAUGUUAGAGACUGGAAGAGGAUUUGACUUAGUUUUUAGAAAUCUUCUCAGUGAAAGAACCGCACACAGAGAUGUAGAAGAGAUUAUUCAGAAUAUCUUUUCCUCCUUCAAGUCCAAAUUACGUGAACUCAGAUGGACAGAUCAGAAGUCUCUCCAGACUGUCAUGAACAAGGUUGAGUCUUUAGUUCCAAGACUUUGGACCACAAAAGACAUAGCUAGCGAAGCCGAACUUGACCUGCUUUUUUCCGAGGUAACAGUUGGCACGGAUAGUUUCUUCUCCAACUAUGUUCAGAUACUGUCCUUGGGGCAAAAGAGACGCAGCAAACUCUUGACUGAGCAGGCCGAGACUGCUGAUAUUCUGUCUGUCACCCCAUUUCUCCUGGGUAAUGAGCUCCUCUUUCCCAUGGGAAUGUUUGUCCCUCCUCUCUUCCAUCCUACCUAUCCUAGGGCAAUGAAUUAUGGUGUAAUAGGUUUCCUUAUUGCCAAAGAUAUUCUCCACCUGAUCCUGCCUGACAUUUAUCCUCAAAGUGAGAUGGUGCGUGCUGUGGGGGAGUGUGUGUGGGCUCACUACCUCACUGUGACACAGAAAGCAGACCAAGGUGGAGUGUUUUCUCUUUCGGCGAUGCAGCAGCAGGAGGUGUGGGUGCAGUAUUCUGCACUGCAGAUAGCAUUGCAGGCUUAUUAUCAGAGUCUGAACAACCAUCCAAGUGACACUUCCAUCUCAGGGCUUUCAUACGUUCGCCUGUUUCUCACAUCUUUUUCUCAGGUUAACUGUGAUUCAGACCCACACCAUCGAUUCAUGCCCUUGGAGCCAUCCUUCCUCAUUACAGUCAUUUGCGCUAAAUCUGACCGGUGUCCUACAAGCCUACAUUGCCCCAAUAAAACCCAGCAGCACUCAUUACAAACAUGCUGAAUACACUUCUCUGUAUUUGUAGUUACAGAUUAUUAUUAUUUUUGUGUAUUGUCCUGCAAACUAUUGACUUGGUGCUGUAGAAAUUAAGCACACAGUGGAUGUUGGCAAACUGUUGUGGUGAGAGUAUGUAAAAACACAUCUUUGUAUCAGAAGUUAUGUUUGCAUGGUCGUAGAUUACACAAGAUGUUAAGUAUUUGUGUAAAUAAAACAGACUUCUGGAAAACUA